AGAGGGCGUGUGACAGGAAGUGAUAGCAGUGUCUGUAGAUGUGUUGUAUGGUGACAUGUGAGCGGCGGACGGAGGAAGGAUCGCUCUGAGGACAGACAUGAGUGAGAGCUGCUGAUCGCCUAGGGAGAAGACGGCAGAAUCAGUCGGGUGGCCAAGAAUAUGGCUAAGGAGAUACGAGGACAGUAUGAACCUGUAGCUGAAAUUGGUGUUGGCGCUUACGGCACGGUGUACAAGGCAAGAGACCUGCGAAGUGGAAAAUUUGUGGCCCUCAAAAAUGUGCGCGUGCAGACAAACGAGAAUGGACUUCCCCUUUCUACUGUCAGAGAGGUAGCGCUGCUGAAACGCCUUGAGCACUUUGACCAUCCAAACAUUGUAAAGCUUAUGGAUGUUUGUGCCUCCGCCCGGACAGACCGUGAGACUAAGGUGACCCUAGUGUUUGAGCAUGUUGAUCAGGACCUGAAAACCUACUUGAAUAAGGUCCCUCCACCUGGUUUACCUUUGGAGACUGUUAAGGAUUUAAUGAGACAGUUCCUCUCCGGCCUUGAAUUCCUUCAUUUGAACUGUAUUGUGCAUCGUGAUCUUAAACCAGAAAACAUUCUAGUGACCAGCUGUGGACAAGUCAAACUAGCAGAUUUUGGCCUUGCACGAAUCUACAGCUGUCAGAUGGCCCUCACCCCUGUGGUGGUGACCUUAUGGUAUCGUGCCCCAGAAGUAUUACUUCAGUCUACAUAUGCCACACCGGUAGACAUUUGGAGUGUAGGAUGUAUAUUUGCAGAGAUGUUCAGGAGGAAACCUCUGUUUUGUGGAAAUUCAGAAGCUGACCAGCUUUGCAAGAUUUUUGAUAUGAUCGGUCUACCUUCAGAGGAGGAGUGGCCAGAGGAUGUUACAUUACCACGUUCUGCUUUUUCACCCCGGAGUCAGCAACCAGUAGAGAAGUUUAUCCCUGAAAUUGAUGAAGCUGGAGCUCAGCUUCUGCUGGAAAUGCUGACAUUUAACACUCAGAGGCGCAUCUCUGCAUCACAAGCUCUGCUUCACCCCUUCUUCUCUGACAGUGAAGCCAGCCCCAAACCAGAUGCCUUCCCACGUGUACAUUCCACAGAUGAAUGAAAACCAACAUUCCUCCCGUGAAUAAUGGAUUGCAUCCGUGGUUUUUUUUUUUUUUUUCUCAACCUGGAAUUCUUACAAAAUUCUUACAAAAGAAUCAGAAUUUGUGGAUACUGCCUUCUGUUUUUAUUUUGUUGGAAUGCAGCAAUCUCAGAUUUUGAAAAAUCUUCUGACUUUGACACAUGAAAGCAUCCUGCCAUUUACUUCUACCACUGCCAAAACUGACGGGAAACAUUUCAGCUGUUGUCACAAAUAUACUUGUCCUGACACUACACAACUUAAUGCGGAGUACAUUGUCUUUGGACAUAAGCUAAAGUCUUUUUCUUUUUCCAAAAAACUUUAAGGAUUCUAUUGUCCAAAUACAACUGUCUAUGAAAUAUUUUGGCACAGAUUGAGCAGAUAUGAUCCUGAUAAUUGGAUUUGUAAUCACUGUUUUUUGACAAAAGCACAUUUUGUUGGAUCUCAAGUUUAUGGAGUUUUGAAGCCUUGGGUUUCUAGAUGCUGGACUGGAAGGAGAUGAAUUACUUGGUUUGAUAUGAACUAUUUUGCCAUAUGCCUUAUACCUGACAUGGAGUUUUAUAAAAAUCCUGUCUUGUUCCAGGUCCUAAUUCUGUCUGGAAGCAAAACAUGUCAGCCCAGACUGCUAUGCUGUAGGCUUAAACUCUCCCUUGGAGAGUACAAAUCGUUUCUAGGAAGAUAGUCUUUUAACAUGGUCUGAGUUUUUCACAAGGCCUCUUCCUAAUAAUAUGGGCCUAGAGAACCUCCAAUGGGGAACCUAUUUAGGAUUCCAAACUGCCAGAACUGUUUUUAUUUUUACUUAUGUUUGUCUUCUACUAAUCAUAGAUUAUGACCAUUUGUCAAUUUUAUCUAUAUUUUUAAUGUACUGUUUUAUACUAUGUUGAAUCGGUCAUUGAAUUUGCCUUAUCACCAUAAUGAAUUUGUUAUAUCUACGUCAUCAUAUGGAGUUUGUAAAGAAUAGCAACUCUGUUGAAAAGAACGUUACUAUACCUACACACCCUCAUUUAGAAAUAUGUAUUAGUAUUUAUGAAAAUGAACUUUAAUGUUUUAUACAAAUAUCCAUUUAAGAAUGUGCCAAUACAUGACUUUUAUGGAUUUUGA